GGCUGCCGUUAAGACUCAGGAACAAAACUGUACAAUCCAAUCAAAGCGUAGUCGCAUCAAUCCCUUGACUCCAUUCUUCCCACCAAAGGAAAAUUCUCAAUCUCGCCAAGGCUAGUUCUCCCGAGUCUCAGAUGCCAGUAGCUUCCUGAUGGGGUUUGGUGGCGUGUUUACGAAUUCUGUCUGGCGUGGCCGCCUCCAAUAGCGGAAUGUGGGAAGGGUACGGAGCAUGCACCCAGAGAAGAAGCAAACGUUCUGGAUGCAUUUGCGUAUUCGACUCCGAUUGAACUACUUAUGGAUGACAUGACUCCACAAUUGCCGUAGCUUGGGCUCAGCGAGCCUGAGCUAAAGCGUAAAUGUCCGCGCUGGCGUUUUUCCUGAUUGAAUCAUGGCACUCUAGUCGUGUCCCCUGAAUUCACACUCAGUCGUCUGUCUAUAUAAUCCGCUGUACCUCCAUUUGUGUUUCUUUCUUUUCUUCAUCCACGACGUUGUCAACAAGAGUUCACUCAUUCCUUUAAGUUACUCAAACAUUCGAUCUGAGAUCGCACUUGACUUUACAGUCACUCCACAGCUUCCACAGUCAGCUCAACAGCAAAACUUGUCUCUACGACACCAGAACUUUUCAGUCUCGACGACUUUGACAAUACCGGUCCAUACAUUCGAUCCAAAACUCUCAUUGCCAAAUUCAGCAACCAGUUUAAAUUGACCAACUUGAAGUAAAGCCUAGUCUUACUUUACCCCAAUCAAUCCUUACCUAGUUCAAAAGUUUUUACAAACACAUCACUCAAAAUGCAAUUCGCUACUUCCAUCCUUGCCGCUACCGCAGCUCUCGCUACCAUCGCUUCUGCCGGUACCGUGCACUUCGUCAACCAAGACAGCACCACCCGUACCUUGGUCUUCACUCCUACCUCUGGCUGUGCUUCCAUCGAUUCCCUUACCGUUUCCGGCGAUUCCACUGCCGACCAAACGUUCCCUACCGGCUGGAUUGGCAACUGGUACUCUGUCUCCGAAGGCGCCGACAACACUUCCGGUAUGCUUGGUGAAGUCUGCUUCGAUUCCUGGGGAGGCAUGACUUACUUUGAUGUUUCUGCUAUCGUCAACCCAGAUGAUGUUAAUGGUGUCAAGGAGAUGUUCCCUUUGAACACCAACACUCCUCUCUCUGGCUGCCAAACCUUCCCUUGCGACAACGCCUACAACCUUCCCGACGACGUCCAAACCCAAGCCACUGAUUCCGAUCAGCUCGUCUGUCUCAUCGGCAACCUCGCCACCACCAAGCGUGAAGCCAGAGCCAAGGUCGGCAAAGAAUUCGUCACCGGUGGAGGAUCCGCUUAGAUUCCUCACUUCUUUCAUUCUUUGUUUUGGUAGUCGAGCAGGUGCAAGAUAUGUACAUACUGACCGGUCUCACAUACCAACGCAUACAUACAUUACAUUACAUACAAAAAGAAAAGAAAAGAAACAAUGUACGUCAGCGCCGCUAAAGCGUGCUGCGAUGUGGCAUACGAAGUUUAUGAUGGUUCUAUCAUGAGGAUAUAUAAAAGGAUACACGGAACGGACAGGACGGAACCGACCUCCUGAUUGGACAGGCUGGACUGGAUAUUUUGGAUACGGUUGUGGUGUAUUGGCGUGGGAUUACCCUUUUUUCAUUUUGGGAACCCUUUUCUUGAUUUUUACCUGGGGAAGCGGGUGAUUCGUUUCGAUUCGUUUCACUCGCUUUUCAUAUAGACUUUUCUCUUUUUUUAUAUAUAUAUAUCACUCACGACUUCAAAAGUUUAUGGUUUUUCAGAUGGUGGUUUGAGGCUGGGAUGAGGGGAUGAGGAGAUGUUUUCACUUCUAACUUCUUUCUAUCCACUUGUUGGAUACAAUUAAAUUAUUCAUUCUUUUGAUCAUUACAAUAUCUUUGAUGAUGUGUGCUUUUCAUGUGUGUGUCUGUGUGUAGCGCGAUGUGUAGUGCAAACCCCAAAUCCAAUCAGACCAGAUGAAACGAAGUGAAGGGAUGAAGAUGAAACUCGACCCAGGCCAGGGCAUUAAUUACCCCCACCAGUUCCA